UACGCAUGCGCGGCGUUGUAGGUCAGCGUUAGUGAAGGACGAAAGAUGGCGACCGCUCCUGCGAGAAAAUUUGAGGUUUUAGUGAAUAGAAUUCCCUGGACUGCAGCCGUCAAGGAGUUGAGGACGUAUUUUGGACAGUUUGGCAAAAUAAAGCACUGUUACCUUCCAUUUGACAGAAAUACGGGCUUCCACAAAGGCCACAGCUGGAUCGUAUUCUCAAAAGAGAGUGAACUGCAGAGUGCACUUGAAAAACGCUCUCAUAUUCUGGAYGGGACAAAGGUAAAACUACUCUUUGGUGCACAGACGUAGAGGGCUUGGAGUCUUCACUAAUAUAGAAAAAGUUGAGCUGACACUGAUUUCUAUGUCUUCAUCCUUUCCAACUUGUCAGUGGGCAAACAGGUUCUGUUUUAGGCUUUAUUACAGGGUUUUAAAUUAAAUUAAUUUUUUAAAAAUGAAAUUAGACUGUCUGCGCUCCAUUCUGCACUUUUCAUUUACCUGAUGAUGUUCUCUGGUUCCAGAUUKUUGUUCAGAGGAGCAACCGUUCGUUUUCUGACCAGAAGCCCAACCAAAACAUUGACAUUGACAAUGACUGAGUCACUGAGACUGCUUUCAUUCCUGCUCUCUCAGCUUCCAACGUCAAUCUGCUACAUUUGGCAUAUAAAAAUGUGUUUUAACAUCCCAAAAUGUUUUUCUUUUUGAACAAACCCAAGUGUUUUUGUCUAGUAAUACUUUGUGAAAUAAUCRUGAUAUUUCCUUCUCUCUCUCUCAAAGACAACUUGUGAAUUUGAACAGUUUUCUGUCUGGUAAUAAAGACAAUGUUUAAUUCUGAUA